CUCCCAUCUCCAGCAACACGUGAUAGAGAGAGGGAGGUAGGAGGGAGGGAGAGAGAGAGGCAGUGAGGGGAAAGGAGAGAGGGAAGCAGGCAGGAGCCGAGCAGCUAAAGGGAGCCGGUUUGUGCGGGAGUUGCUGCUGGAGCGGACCGUGCGAUGGAUAACCAGUCCCGGGGAACCUCUCCAACAGCGGCCGGGCCCGGUCACACCUGAGAAGGGCAGGAGCAGAGGGCAACAGGCGACAGUGCCCAUGGAGGGAAAGCAGAGCCCGGAGCCUGUGCUGCCUUACCCCGGGGGUAGCCCGGGUACCGAGGGCUGUAGCACGGACUUACUGAAGGCGGUCUCGGACUCCAUGGGGCUGUAUAUGGAUGAACUGCUGCCCCAGGCUGAGCUGGACUCCAAAUCUGGCACUGAGCCGGACAAAAGCAGCAUUGGCCCCAAAGCCCUGGACAACAUGGACUUGGCCCCCGUGCCCAGCCUUAGUGAGGCGCCGGCAGCGUCCCCCUGGGUGAACUGUGAGCUGGGCUUGGCUAGCACUAACUCGGACAGUGCUGGUGUGGACAAGCCGGAAGCUGGCCCUUGGCCCGGGGGCAGUGACAGACCAUUGCCCCCUGAUGCCAGGUUGCGGCGAGGAUGCCCCGGGGAGGCUCCGGGAGGGGCCGGGGGGGCCCUGAAGGCGGAGAUGUACCCGGACCGCCAGACCCGGGGCCAGCUCUCCCCCCUCAACAUCUUCCGCUUCCCGUUCCUGCCCCUGAACCCCAUCUACCUGGCAGCCCGUACCCACCAGCUGCUCACUGCUGAGGACUGUGACCAUGCCCCGUAUAUCCCAGACAUCUCCAGCUCAUACCCGGGCUUUAGCGAGCCCGGCCCGCCCGCCUCUCCCAGCUCCAAACCCGAAGCCCCACAGGCGGUGGUGGGCAUGAGCCCGGAGCCUGGCACCACCUUCAGCUAUCUGCCCCCAGGAUACCCUCCGUACCCGGAGUACCCGGCCGCUUCCCCAAACCAGCAGCAGCCCCGGGGACCCCCUAGGGCUGAGCCUCCCAUGGAAGACGCGGUGAUGUUUAAGACGGAGCCUCUGGAUUCCUACAGCGUCUCCCACCCCGAGGCCGGACUCGGCUGUAACUUCCUGAUCCAGGAUGAGAGUAUGCCAUCUACUUCAGCAGCUCCAGCCAGCUGGUACCAGCCCAUCACAUACCUGGGCUAUCAGGGUGGCACCAAAGCAAUGUCCAGCACCUACUCGCAAGCGUACUCCCAGUAUAGCGGCAUGAUCAGGCCAGAGAAUGGAAGAGGCCAUGUUUCUCACUUUGCCCCUGGCCUGAGUCUGCAGAAGCUCUGUCUGAUCUGUGGUGAUGAAGCCUCGGGAUGUCACUAUGGAGUCCUUACAUGUGGAAGUUGUAAGGUUUUCUUCAAGAGGGCUGUUGAAGGGCAGCAUAAGUAUCUAUGCGCUGGAAGGAACGAUUGCAUCAUUGACAAAAUUCGAAGGAAGAACUGUCCAGCCUGCCGCCUCAGAAAGUGCUAUCAAACUGGAAUGGUGUUAGGAGCCCGAAAGCUAAGAAAAUUCAGUAAACUAAAGAACAUCGGAAACAGCCCAUCUUCUCUGCAGUCCGAAAUGACACUAUCAAGUGUCAAUGCAGUUGCAGUACCAAAGGUCUCAUUACAUUCAGCUCGAGCGGUCCAGUUCACGCCGACACUCGUUUCCAUUUUACAGAUAAUUGAACCAGAAGUUGUUUAUGCAGGCUAUGAUAACAGUCAACCUGACUCAACUAACUAUCUGCUAACCAGCCUGAACAGGCUAUGCGAGAGACAACUUGUAUCUGUUGUUAAGUGGGCCAAAUCUGUACCAGGCUUCCGGAAUUUGCACAUAGAUGAUCAAAUGACUCUCAUUCAAUAUUCUUGGAUGGGCCUGAUGGUAUUUGCAAUGGGAUGGCGGUCAUAUAAACACGUCAAAGGAAAAAUGCUGUACUUUGCUCCAGAUCUGAUUUUCAAUGAGCAGCGAAUGCAGAAGUCUGCAAUGUAUGAUCUGUGUAUAGCAAUGCGACAAAUCUCACAAGAAUUCAUUCAUCUUCAAGUGACCCAAGAGGAAUUUUUGUGCAUGAAAACCUUAAUACUGCUUAAUACAACCUUUGGGUGUAUGACAGAUACAAACUGCACACCACGCUAGGAAAGUGAACAAGUCACCAGAAUUGCAGACCCUGCACGGAUUCAUAUUACAAGAUCAAUGGUUCAACAAUACCAUAACUAGUCAUAAAAUGAUGACUUUUUCUGCUAAGACACAAGUUUUAAUUGUUUAAUAACACCUUAACUGUAGAAACCUGGGAAAUACCUUAGGGGUGCAUGGAACUGUUGAUGGUGCAUUAUUGGCUUUUACAUUUUAGAAAACAACUUCAGAAAAUCAUGCCUACAAUUUUAGUGAAUUAUAGGCACUGCACAGGUACUUUUUCCCCCAGUCAUAAAUCCCUAUUUUUAUAAAAUGAAACCAUUUUCCACAAUUAAAUAUAAGUUAAGUUCACAUAUUUUGAAAACAGUAACUAAACAGAUGUGAGAGUUUGAAUCCAUUCUUUUAAGUACCAGUAAUUGAAAUUUCUUAAACCAACCUGAAAAGGAAAAUAAAAUGAAUUGCCAUUUAAUUAUUUGACCAAACUAUUUCCUGACCUGCCAAUUACUUCAAAAGAAAUGGGCUUAACUGUAACCAAGAUGACAAACACUUGAAAACUAAAAUGGAAAAAUUGUAGGAAUCCAAAAGUAUACGUAAAUUCAUAAACAUAUUCCAUGUCUGUAUUUUUCUUGCACAAAAAACAAAAAUGUUAAUAUGAAUUCAAAACUUUUUAGUGUUGGCAAAAGAAUUUAUAAUGAUAUCAUAAGUUUAAUGACAAAAAUAUCUGGUACCAUCCUUGAAUUUACAAUGUUUUAGCCAGUAUUUUUUGUUAAUUUUAAAAUUGAACUAUAUUUAAAAAUGGUAUUUCUUUACUUGACCAAUUUUUUAAAAAAUCUUUUAGCUUGGUUCAUUUAAUAUCACAGAAGGUUUCUAAAUAACAGAAAUAUUUAACAUUACAACUUAUGAUGUAGAAUAAAAAGUAGUGCCAUCAGACAAUGGAGCAUUAUUUUGACUGGACACUAGAUUCAGCAAAAUCAUAAUUCAUUAUAUAUUUUGCUCCAUCUGCCAUAUAAUUAGCAAAAUUGAUUGGUUAUUCUACAAGGAAGAUUUUGACUCCUCUAAUUUAACACCUAUAAAGAGUUCAAAUUGAUGUUAGUGUGAAAUGGGCGUAUCUAAUCUCAGUAAAUCCUCAGCAAAGAAAAACUGAAAAUUUAAUAUUAUUCAGCACAAGACAAAGAUAUUGAAGAUGUUUUCUUUUAGCAGAAUAUUACAUCUCAACUAUCAAAAUGUAAUGUGUGAAUGGAAAUUUUUAUCCCUUUACAGACACAUUUUAAAUAGUUGCAAUUUCAAAAUACUUAUUUCGUGUAGAGAACUUGUAAAUAAUUAAUAUUUUUACUUAGUAAAUAUGGCUCCCUCAUUUAUCCAAAAAUGCUAUGGGGUAAGUAACAUGAUACUUGAAUGCAAUCAUAUUUAUAAAUAAGCUUUUGCAUGCAAUGGUGACAAGGAAUCUGCUGUGACACUGUUGCACUAAAAUUGGUGAAUCUGACAUGAAAGCAUAAGCAUUUCUGUGAUUCUACAGGAUAUAGGAAUGUAGCUGAAAUUGUUCCCACAGUUAACUAAAUCAGUGAUUAUUAGCAUUUAUAUCAGUUUAAUCAUCCACUUUGCAAUUCAAAAAGUGUUCCUUUCCCUUAGAAUUCUUUAUUAAAUCAUUUUUAUCUUAUAAUUUUGAUCUGAUCAAUGUAAAAAUACAAUCUGUGUAUGCCAAUUUCAUAACAUUAUUUGCAAUAAAACAGAUAAUCAUUCUUAUACUCUAGUGAAUCUAUUUGUAAUGCUAUGAUACUUUUCAUUGUACCAUUUUAGUGUUAUGGUUGAGAUAAUGUGCUGGACCUAGGAUAGAGUUGACCCAAUCAAAUGUCUUUUUUUUUGUACGAUUUCAACCACAACAGGAAUAAAAUAAUAAAUUUGCAUUUUAAGUUAACAUCCCAACAAUUGGUCCUCAAAAGAGUAACAAAUGUAGAUCAUAAAUCUCUUUCCUAAAUCCUUUUGGGAUACAAUUCAUAAUCAUUACAGAAUCUGACAGAUAGAGGUGAAAACAUUAUUAAAAUUGUAAUAUUGACAUCUUCAUGACUAUAAUUUCAGCUCUUCAUUAUUCCUGUAUUAUACUUCACUUGAUAUAUAGUACAUAUACAGAACAGAAGACAAUCCAUUUUCCAGCACUAUUGUCUCAUCAUUGUGAGCGCCUGCAAUAUUUUGAUGAAAGGCAUUUUACCCAUUGAAGUGUAAAUGUUUGCAGUGUUGGUAUUAUCAGGUGCACACAUUUUUAAAGCAUGGUUAAUGCAGAUUGUAAAUUUAUACUGGCUAUUAUGUCUCUGAACUGAAUCAUUGCCAAAAUUUCAUUUACAUUAUCCACCCAGCUGCUCAUUUGACUUUAAUAGUGCUAUUUUACUGCGUGCUGUAACUCAAAUCCAGGCUGUUCUGACACAUUUAAAAAUUCAGCAAAUGACAUUUGUUAGUCAUUGCUUUUUCAUGAAACUUAUAUUGUUAGCAAUGGUCACCUUUAAUCAAACAACAAUUUUCAGCAAGUUGCAUGUAGCAGUAUUCUAUUUAAUGGAAGUUUUGUCUUCAUUAACUGUAUCAUAUGCAUUUGAUUAAUACUUUUUGGCAUCCUGAAAUUGUUUAUUUGUUGAUUUUUGUACAUACCUGUCAGUUUGUAGUUGUUUUGUAUGGAGCAACAGUACGACUGCUUGCUAAAUGUAAAGUUGACAGGUUUUAAAGAUUAAAGUCUCUGUUUAGUGUUUGUCUGGCUCUAAAAUGAAAACAGAAAUCAAAACCUGAA